GGACCCCUCCUGCCAGCCUCCCCUGGGCAAGGAGGAAAGCGUUACACGCGGCUCGGGUCUGUCACAGUCAGCACGUAGCCCGCCCCAGAAGACCCCGCCCGGGGGACGUCCCCGCAGCGCGACCCCGGCCGAGCGCGGGCGGCCACGCCGGCUUCAGGCGCUGCACUGCGCAGGCGCGCGCACGGUGCGCAGGCGCCGCCCAGAAGUGACUUCUCCAAAAAGUGUCUUAGUUGGCGGUCACCUGAGCUCCGGGCGCCCGGCUCCCGUAGGCUGCGCGGCCGCCGCCUCCGCGGGUCUUGCGCGGGGCCUCGCCCUACUCUCGCGCCCGUCGCUGCCUCGCCCCCGGCCCUCCAAGGGCGCGUUCUCCCCUCUGUCCUUUGCGGGCGGGCCGGGCCGAGCCGGGCCGAGCCGCCGGUGCCGUCCGACCAUGGCGUCCCUCUUCAAGAAGAAAACCGUGGACGAUGUAAUAAAGGAGCAGAAUCGAGAGUUACGAGGGACACAGAGAGCUAUAAUCAGAGAUCGAGCAGCUUUAGAGAAACAGGAAAAACAGCUGGAAUUAGAAAUUAAGAAAAUGGCCAAGAUUGGUAAUAAAGAAGCUUGCAGAGUUUUAGCCAAACAGCUUGUACAUCUACGGAAACAGAAAACAAGAACUUUUGCUGUAAGUUCAAAAGUCACUUCUAUGUCCACACAAACAAAAGUGAUGAAUUCCCAGAUGAAGAUGGCUGGAGCAAUGUCUACUACAGCAAAAACAAUGCAGGCAGUUAACAAGAAGGUGGACCCGCAAAAGACGUUACAGACAAUGCAGAAUUUCCAGAAGGAGAACAUGAAAAUGGAGAUGACUGAGGAAAUGAUCAAUGACACACUUGAUGACAUCUUCGAUGGUUCUGAUGAGGAGGAAGAAAGCCAAGAUAUUGUGAAUCAAGUUCUCGAUGAAAUUGGAAUUGAAAUCUCUGGAAAGAUGGCCAAAGCUCCGUCAGCUGCCCGAAGCCUACCGUCCGCCUCGACGUCGAAGGCCACAAUCUCCGAUGAAGAGAUUGAACGGCAGCUCAAAGCUUUAGGAGUAGAUUAGUCAAAAGAGCCACAGUAUUUUGCUUACGUAUAAUUUAGUAUAAACCAGGCACAGUGCAAAUUCCUUUGACAAAACACAUUUAUUUUGUAAAAAUGAAGACCAUGAAUAGACAGUUGUUUCCUAACCCAUGGCUAUUUUGAAUCUUUUGCCAAAGAAUGACAAUGAUCCAAAAAUGAGAACAGUUUGGAUGUUAAUUAGAACUAUUUAGGAGUGAUGAUGUGUAAAGGUUGACUUCUUUUCUGCAUGGCAUAGAGAAAUUAUAUUCAUUACUUCGUGUAGUUUAUGUUCUAAAUCUUUUUACAGUGAACACAAAAUCUUGUUAAAGCCGCUAGGCACCAACUUAAAGAGACUUGUAAAAAUAUUAAAAGUGUAUCAUUAAUUCUGUA